AUGCCUGCCUCUCUUAUCACGACCCCUGCUGAGCUUCUAGAACGAAUCGUCCUUAUCGCAGCUUGCCAGCAUCCACAAGGCCCACCAAGUAUCUUGCGUUCCCUACGAUUAACGUGCCGCAUGUCUAACAAUGCCCUUUCAUCAAACUCACAUAUGUACUUCUUGUUAUUCAAGGACAGAUUUUCCCCUUGGCGGCAUUUCACGGCCGUUCAGCCUACAGUUGACAACAUAGAGCAUGAGCUGAGAAAACGUUUUCGAGCACUUCAACGCAUUCGGCGUGGUGAUAUUACUGAUCCUGACAUUCUGGAGUCACUUUCCACCAUCUAUAUUAUGAUACUGGAGGAUGAUGGUCGGAACUGGGACCAGUUGCUUUGGGCUCGACUUCCCAUUUUCAUGACGCGCUUUCUUCGGGAGCGCUUAAUGGUGGGUGCCGAGACUAACAACGGCUGGCCUACAGAGAAUGAAGUCAAUGUCUUGGCAGUUUCCAUCUUCUGGUUGAUGACCUGCUCAGAGUCUAUAUGUAAUGAAACCGAUGAACUCAGGAGAGAGUUCGUGCAACUCCUAUCACCAUACUCCUUUGCCGGGUUUCGAUAUCCAUGUUUCACUGGGCUGGAGUACGAUUUCUGUGCUGCAGAAAACUCUCCUAAACAUGUUGUUACACCUGCUCAUGGGACACACUCUCCCAUUCGUCUACUUUCGACCACUAUAUGCUACUUUGGACGACAAGUACCUUUCGAUCUUCCACCACUUGCUCCAUACGCUAUUCUCAUUCACUUCUCUCGUUUGGAGACUCUCCCUCUUAUGAUUCCUCCACACCUACCAGAGACUCGCGCAGAGGCCAUCGCGAAUGGUAUUUCAGGGCCUACAAAGCAGGACAUAGUAUACUUUAAUACUCAUUGCAAAACUCACUUUCCGGGCACAAUAUACGGCAACCGCUUCGACACUCUGCUUAAGAGCCGGCGUCAUGACCCUGAUUGGACGCGUUCCAUUCGUGAUCCUCUCUAUCGUUCCCCUUCUUCCUUACCUGGGCAAUAUAUCCCUGGAACAAUUUCCGGUCGCUGGCAGGGGUCUUUCAUCGCCCCGUAUUGUGAUGUCUACAAGGAUAUGCUGUCAUCUCCCUCUGCUCCGUCACCUUUUCCGACGUUUGGUCGAUUCCCGCUUUAUGUUACCUUCAGAGAGCUUUACUGUUACUCUCCAUCAAUUCCCCUUCCCUUGGGGGGCAAUGACGCAUUUGAAAAUGCUUUUUUGCCAAUCGGUUGCCGGUGGCAUGAGACCGAGGCUAGGAUUGAAUUUAAUGGAGAAAACGCGUCGUUCAAAGCCUAUUAUUCUCCGCCGAGGCAAGAGCACCUCGAAAUUGGCUUUGUUGGAGGCACUACCGGCGCGUCGAAGUCAAGUGCGCAUGGUGCUUUUGAUGUCAUCAUUACAGGAGCGACGGAGGAACCAUACACAGCUGCCUGGGGUGGCUACCGUUAUAUAGGACGGAUACGACCCUCAGAUGGUCUGAUCGUUCUGCUCCGUGAACCACUGAACCCUCAGAUGGUUGAACUUGGACGAGCGUUAUUCAGAGGUUACAUUAUCUCCUCUCGCAAUUUUGUGGGUCGCUGGAGACGUGCGUCCACCGGCGUUCAUCCCCCUGAAUGGGAGUCGAUAUUCAGUUUGUGCAAAGAUGUGUCAUGGGAAUAG